AUGGCCAUGGAUCAGCUUACGCCCUUUGGGAAGCCAAUGCUAAAGCAUUGGCUCUUUGAUCCGUCCUAUAAGAACCUCAAUCACGGCUCUUUUGGAGCGCAUCCUGCCGCCGUGCGUGAGGCACAGCGCGCCUUUUUAGAUCUCGCCGAUAUCCGGCCUGAUCCGUAUAUUCGUCAACAGCAUACCAAGUGGCUCGCGGAAGCGCGGCGUGAUGUCGCAGAGAUUAUCCAUGCCCCAGCAGACGAAUGUGUUUUUGUCAAAAAUGCCACUACCGGUGUCGCAACCGUCCUAUAUAAUCUGAACUUUCAACCCGGCGAAGCUCUGAUCUACUUUGAGCCCGUGUAUGGCGCGGUUGAGAAGGGCGUGGUCUCGCUACAGGAACACAGCGCCCUCCAAUCCCGCAAAGUGUCUUUCGAAUUUCCGAUCUCGAUGGAUGAGCUUGAAAGCCGGUUCCGCGACGUGGUUCAAAAGACUCGCGACGAAGGCCUGAAGGUCCGUGCCGCCGUUUUCGAUGCCAUCGUCAGCAAUCCCGGCGUGCGAUUUCCUUUUGAGCGAUUCACGGCGAUCUGUCGAGAAGAAGGUAUCCUGAGCGUUAUUGACGGCGCUCAUGGUAUCGGUCAUAUCCAUUUAGAUAUGAGCAAGCUGCAACCAGACUUUUUCGUCUCUAAUUGCCAUAAGUGGCUGUAUACUCCCCGCAGCGCAGCGGUUUUAUAUGUGCCCAAGCGCAACCAGCACCUCAUGCGUACAACAUUACCCACAUCAUGGGGGUUCAUCCCCGCGCCCGACUCACCUGAGACUGGCCUCUCGGUGUUGCAGGAUGCCAAUGCAGAAAAGGCCAGAAGCCUUUUCGAGGAGCUUUUUGAGUUUGUCGCCACCAGCGACGACUCUGCCUACAUCUGUGUUCGCGCUGCCUUGCAAUUCCGCAAGGAGGUCUGCGGUGGCGAAGACGCUAUCAUCUCGUAUUGCAUCAAUCUUGCCAACGAAGCAGCCGAGGCCGUUGCCAAUAUUCUGGGAACAGAUAUCUUGCAAGAGCCUGAUCUGAAGCCGGGUGACGUGAGCCUCAUGCGUCAGUGUGCCAUGACAACGGUGCGCUUGCCCAUUGCCGUUGCUGAUGGGGGCGCUGCAGUGCCUGGGGCGCUUGCUACUGUCACGCCAGAAGAAGCGCUCCGGGUCUUUGGGUGGAUCCAGCAAACGCUGAUGAAUACACACGACACGUUUGUGCCUGUCUUCCGCCAUGGUCCAUGGCUCUGGACUCGUUUGAGUGCACAGACCUAUUUGGAAAAGAGUGAUUUCGAAUGGCUGGGAGGCAUUCUUCGUGAACUGUGCGAAAAGGUUGCUCGGAAGGAAUUCUAG